AUGGUGAUUCUGCGAGGGGUGGCCGAGGCCUCCGGAAACUGCUUGGGCAACCACACUGAUGCUUACAGGUGUUCGCCGUACAAGUACUGCCAGAACCAGGCAAGUGCAACCAGGCGUGGCCCAGAAACCCUCGCGUCAUGCAUGGCUGCUUGCGAUGCCAGCAUCGAAUGCACCGCUAUCCAGUACGAUUGCGGUACGGACUGCUUGUUGAUGGAGGCUGCUGCUUGCGGAGACGAGAUUACCACCUCCUGUGGCAGCAGCUUAUACUACAAGGAGCUGGGGAGCGCCACAAGCACGACUCAGGUGCCAACGAGCAGCACAACGCUUCCCGGCCAGGCCUCCGGAAACUGCUUGGGGAUCAACACUGAUGCUUACCGGUGUUCGCCAUACAAGUACUGCCUGAACCAGGUACUUGACCCAGAAGCAAAAGCAGGAGAAACUAAGAAAGGCAAGUGCAACCAGGCGUGGCCCAGAAACCCUCGCGUCAUGCAUGGCUGCUUGCGAUGCCAGCAUCGAAUGCACCGCUAUCCAGUACGAUUGCGGUACAGACUGCUGGUUGAUGGAGGCUGCUGCUUGCGGAGACGAGAUUCCCACCACCUGUGGCAGCAGCUUAUACUACAAGGGGCUGGGGAGCGUCACAAGCACGACAGAACAGGAAGUGAACGGCACAACGCUACCCGGCCAGGCGUGGAGCGUCGCCAGUGGGCCAGGUCCUCAGUCAAAGGCGAGCCUUGUGCGUUGCGCUUGUCCAGACACUUCCAUGCCUCGUUAUCGAGCCACCAGGUGUUCAGUGGCAAACCUCACCGCCUCACCGUGGUGCGGUUUGAAACUGAGCGCCUCUUCGAUGUUCUGCGAGUCAAUAGUGUGGACUACUCCGGCCUCUUGCCGCCUGGUCUGUCGGGAGCCGUGGUGCACGGGACUAUUUCAUGGUCCUCAGACACGCAGCCGCAGAUAGUGAACUUGGCAUUGAUUUGCCGUUCUGAUGGCUCCAACAGCAAGUACGGAUGGAAGAUCUGCCUUCAAGAGGUCACCCCGGGAAUAUGGAGCGAGCAGAAGCAGAAUGUCAACAAUGACACUCUCGGGAACGACUCAAGCUGGCCUGGUGCGAUGGGAGUACACGUCGCCGCCUACGACAACGACAGCCAGGUACUGUGGCUGCAUGGAGGCCUCGAUCUGAGCGGUUCCCUCGACAGGCUGUGGAAGUACGACGUGCAGGCAGGGACGUGGGACCAGCCGGCGUUGAUCACAAAUGGCAGCAACGAGAGCCAGCCGUCGGCGCGCGGCUACCAUGAUUUGGGCGACUUCUGGAGAUAUGACAUUCAGGCGCAGCUCCCUCCAGUUGAAGAGGCUUCCCAGGAUGUGAAGGCCGCUUCCUGGCAGGAGCAGACGCUGCUCAAUGAAACGGCUGGCGCCAAUCUGUCGAACGCCUCGGGGCUUUCUGGGCCCUCCGGGCCCUCUGCGCGCGUGCUUCAUGUCAUGGUCUACGACGGUUACCGCUAUCUUGACGAUCUCUGGCAGUAUGACGUUGAGGGACUUCUUCUCGACGACCUGUGGAUGUUUGAUGUGCAGGCACUGGGCCUGGCUGGAAACUGGAGCGAGAAGGCGGCUGUCCACAAGCCGGCACCACGCCACCUCCAUGUCCUUGUCUACGACAGCGACAGCCAGGCCAUGACCUAA